AUGGUACGUUCCUCAAAGCUAUCAGCAAAGGAAAAGUAUGAGAGACAGAAAGCAUUGACAAAGGAACGUCAGCGAAGGUAUAGAGAACGAAUGAGUGAAGAAAAGAAAGAAGAAAAGAGGAAGUAUGACAGAGAUCGUCUUGCUCGAUUGAAAGCAGAAAAUAAAAUAAAGAAAAUAUCAGACAUGACUCCUAGAGAACAAAGAAAAAUGCGAAAGUAUUGGAAAGAAAGAAAUCUUGUUAGAAGCCUGAAAAAGAAAUCACUGAAAGAAGUUACAGAUACUCCCCCAGCUUCUCCUUUACAGGACGUGAGAGAGGAAUCUGAACAAAAAAGAAGAGGGUGCAAAAAAAUCCGAAGAGACAAAGCAAAGGCCUAUAGAACUAUAGCCAAGCAACAAGAGAAGAUUAAAGAAUUAGAAAAAAAGUUAGGAAAGUAUAAAAAGCGGUUGCACAGAGAGAAAAAGAAACAUUUAAUUGACUCAUCCCCAUCUCCAAGAAAAAAGCACGAUGGCGAAUCCUGUCCUCAUCAGACUGUGACCGACAAGCCUCCCGAGUACGAGUCCUUGGUGUUCGCAUCGGCAGGUCCUGUAACAUCCUGCGCCGCUCCUCCAACGUACGAAGAAGCAAUCCCCGUCGCUGAUGAGACCCGAAUUCUACCGCCUGAGUACAGGCUUCGGUCUCUGCCACUUUUUGGCCUCUCACACCACUUGGUCUCUCAGCAUUUAGGAGUUCUCUGGCAAGCCCCGGCCAGUGGCAAGCCUCGACCUCUGGCAGGCCCCAGCCACUGGAAAGCCCCGGCCAGUGGCGAAGCCCCCGACCUCUGGAAGGCACUGGCCUCUGGGAAACCCCGGCCAGUGGCAGACCCCGACCUCUGGAAGGCACCGGCCUCUGGUAAUCCCGGCCAGUGGCAAGCCCCGACCUCUGGAAGGCACCGGUCUCUGGUAUUCCCCGGCCAGUGGCGAACCCCGACCUCUGGAAAGGCACCGGCCACUGGAAAGCCCCGGCCAGUGGCAGACCCCGACCUCUGGAAGGCACCGGCCUCUGGUAAUCCCCGGCCAGUGGCAAGCCCCGACCUCUGGAAGGCACCGGCCUCUGGCACCGGCCCUCUGGCAAUCCCCGGCCAGUGGCAAGCCCCGACCUCUGGAAGGCACCGGCCACUGGAAAGCCCCGGCCAGUGGCAAACCCCGACCUCUGGAAGGCACCAGCCUCUGGCAAUCCCCGGCCAGUGGCAAGCCCCGACCUCUAGAAGGCACUGGCCUCUGGCAAUCCCCGGCCAGUGGCAGACCCCGACCUCUGGAAGGCACCGGCCUCUGGAAAUCCCCGGCCAGUGGCAAGCCCCGACCUCUGGAAGGCACCGGCCACUGGAAAGCCCCGGCCAGUGGCAAACCCUGACCUCUGGCAGUCCCCGGCCUCUGCAAAGCCUCGUCCAGUGGCAAACCCCGACCUCUGGAAGGCACUGGCCUCUGGCAAUCCCCGGCCAGUGGCAAGCCCCGACCUCUAGAAGGCACUGGCCUCUGGCAAUCCCCGGCAAGUGGCAGACCCCGACCUCUGGAAGGCACCGGCCUCUGGUAAUCCCCGGCCAGUGGCGAACACCGACCUCUGCAAGGCACCGGCCACUGGAAAGCCCCGGCCAGUGGCAAACCCCGACCUCUGGCAGUCCCCGGCCUCUGGCAAGCCCCGGCCAGUGGCAAACCCCGACCUCUGGAAGGCACUGGCCUCUGGCAAGCCCCGGUUUGUGGCAUGCCCCGGCCUCUGGCAAGCCCCGGUUUGUGGCAUUCCCCGGCCCCUGGUCUCGGAAAGCUCCUCGCCAUUGGAAGUUCCUGCCCUCUGAUUUUCCUCGGCGUCUAGUAUCUUCCGGAUUCAGGAAGGCCCCAGUCAAUCAGCUUCUAGCAGCUCUGGCCCCUGGCACCUCUCGGUCUCGGGAAUCCUAGAACAACCCAGCCCUUAGUAACUCCGGUUAGCACCCAAUAAGCAGGUGUACCAACGUCGCAGUAUCCUUAUGUCCAGUACACCAACAUUCCACCUCUAGACACCCAGGUGUGGUACAGCAGGAAACACGGACCCACAGGAGCAAGAGUUUAGGGGAUCUCUGUGACCAUGACAGUGAACUUCUCCUUGCCUAGACUUCUUUUUUUAUAAAAUAAAGGAGACUUCAGUCUCCUUUUAGUCUUAUUCUGCCUUUCCCAUGGGUCAUAGGCGUUGUGCAAGGAUCUUGUCAAAUGAACUGAAGGGAUGUUCGGGUUAGCAGUACCAAUAAUAAUAUCCCGGCCAACGCAGGAUAUAAAAUAACGCUAUUAUUUCCAACCUUAAAAUACAAGAUGGCAGGUCAUCGGCUUUCUUAUAUAACACCGAUAGUUAUUAAUUGAUUGAAAAGUACUGAUCGGGAUUGCGAGUAUUUAGUUUCUGGUAAAUGUACAACUUAACCAACAUGCCCAAGGUAAAUUGCUUAUAUUUAAUUUUGAAGAAGAUGCGUAUUUAAUUUUGAUUUUAAUACGUAUGUGUUGAAAAUAUGACUAGGUACAACGUAUCCAUCAUGCAAAUCAUUCCAUCUCCAAUUGUGUUUGUUUUAAAAAUCAUAGUUCGUAAUAAAUGUUGUAUACUAAAGGUUGUUAUGAAGAAUGAACCACAUUAUGUGAUGACAGAAUUGGGCUGUGUUAUUUAUACUAGUUAAGUCUGUUGAUCUACAGUAGGCAUCACCAGAGAGUGCAGUUGAGGGAGGAGCCUAUUUGACGCGUGACCUUGGAGCAGCCAACGAGGACUGAGCGACGUUGCCAAACUAGUUCCCCGCUAAACCCUCAGCACUCCGUGCCGGGCGGCAGUUGACGUAUUCAGUAGCAACGUCGCGCGGGCCUGUCCAAUUUAUUGCUCACCACCAACUGCACUCUUUUGUGGCUCCUACUAUAGUAAAUUAAUGCAUCAUUUUGAAAAGAUGUAGGCCUAAUACAGUUAUAACAUAACUUUAUCAGUUGUAAUAUAAAGUAGAAAAUGUUUUGAACAUGCAGCAUAUAUGUAAUACACAAGUAUAUAAAUAUACGAGUUUAAAAGAUUAUUAUAUAAUAUGUUGUUUCAUAAUCAUUAUUGAAAUGUUACAAUUCAAUUCCAAAAUGUUCAAACUAUAACAAAUAGUAGAUAAACAUUGUAAAAAAUAAUAAUAUUACAUGAAUUUAUGUUAUAUACUGUAAAUGUGUUUCUCAGGGAAACAUUUAGAAAGUGUAAUAAAGAUGGCAGGCAACUAACUACAGUGUUCUUUACAAUUUCAAUUGGUCUUAAAUAUUUUUCAAAAUCUUUGAGGGGUUUCUGCAUCUAUUUUGGAGUUUCCAAACAUUCUUAUCAAUACAUAUCUCAGCUGAAAAUGUGGUGAUUUUUAUGGCAAUUCUAAAAUAUACCAUAAUUAUACAUUGUAUCUAUAGUGUAAAAAUGUAUGUUGAGUUCGCUGUCUAGUAAUGUUUGAAACUGGAAUUAGCGCAACUUUGUGAACAUGUAUAACUAGCAUUGAAACAUAUCAGAAGAAGAAUAAAUUACUACAAGAAAAA